CAUAUAAAAAGCCCCGCGAAUGAACAGUUGGUAUAUUCAGUUUUCAACCAUUGUAACAACAGUGUUUAUUCUUUAUAGAGUAAUUCUAAAAAAGAAAAAGAAAAAAUAAUGGCUUCGUUGAACGCGUGUUGGAUAUUGUUGACGGUAGUUUCAUUACAGGGAAUUCUUGUUGCUCAAGCGAAACCUGUAUUUGGAGGAGGCUGCGGAGAAAUCGAUUAUGGAUGUGGUGGUUAUGGCGGUGGUUUCGGUGGUUUUGGUGAAAGGUUCUGUGGCGGAUAUGGCGGAGGAUUUGGCGAAGGAUUUGGAAGAGGUCCGAUUAUUGCACCGACUCCACCAAUUUCAUUCUUACCGGUUCCUCAACCAUUGCCAGUCAGAGUACCAGUACCUCCGAGACAAUCUGUUACCAUUCCGAAUAUCAUUUUAGCCUUGUUGCCACCGAACAAUAAGCCACCAUGUUUACCUAAGCCGAUUGUACGUCCACCACACUUUGUAGUUCCCUUACCCCAACCAUGCCCUGUUCCCAUUCCAACUCCAUGCGGAUGUUGAAUUUUUGAAAUAUUGUAAUCGUGCAUUCUUUAAAUGAUUUUUCGAAUAAAUUUACUAUGAUUUGAGAAA